AUGGCCAAGUUAGGUGGUUCACAAGCCCUUUUGGCCAUGUUAGUUGGUAUUCUCGUUUUUCAGGCAGCCUGCAGGGUUUCAUGCUUCGACUAUGGAGACGCCCUGGACAAGACCUUGCUGUUUCUUGAAGCACAAAGGUCUGGCAAAUUACCUCCGAAUCAACGUGUAAAAUGGCGCGGUGACUCGGGACUCAAGGAUGGUUUUCUUCAAGGAGUAAACUUGGUAGGGGGUUACUACGAUGCAGGAGAUCAUGUGAAGUUCGGGCUACCAAUGGCAUUUACAAUGACGAUGCUUUCAUGGGGGGCUAUUGAGUACAGGAAUGAGAUUGUUCGUCUGAACCAGAUGGGACACACUUUGGCUGCCAUCAAAUGGGGUACUGAUUAUUUCAUCAAAGCUCAUCCCCAGCCUAAUGUCCUCUGGGGACAGGUGGGGGACGGGGUAUCCGAUCAUUACUGCUGGGAGAGAGCUGAAGACAUGACAACCCCGAGGACUGCUUACAAGCUUGACCCCGAGCACCCGGGCUCAGACCUUGCUGGUGAAACUGCAGCUGCCUUGGCUGCUGCUUCUUUGGCUUUUAAGCCUUACAACUCUUCUUACUCAAGUCUUCUGUUAGUCCACGCAAAACAGCUUUUCUCAUUUGCUGAUAGCUUCAGAGGAAAGUACGACGAUUCCAUCCAAUGCGCUAAGCAGUUCUAUACCUCAUCUGGUUAUUCGGAUGAACUUCUGUGGGCAGCCACAUGGCUAUAUAGAGCAACAGAUGAUGAGUACUACCUGAAAUAUGUUGUGGACAAUGCUGUUUCUAUGGGUGGAACUGGUUGGGCUGUCAGAGAAUUUUCCUGGGACACCAAAUACGCUGGUAUCCAGAUUCUGCUCUCAAAGGUAUUAUUGGAUGGAGCUGGUAGAGCAUACACUUCCACUCUACAACAAUAUCAAGCUAAAGCAGAUUUCUUUGCAUGCGCUUGCAUGCAAAAGAAUGAUGGUUACAAUGUGGCCACCACUCCCGGUGGCCUAGUCUAUGUGAGGGAGUGGAACAAUAUGCAGUAUGCUGCAUCUGCUGCAUUUCUCCUAGCUGUCUACUCUGAUUAUCUCACAAUGGGGAAUUCCAUACUCAAGUGUCCUGAAGCCCAAAUCCAACCUCAGGAUCUCCUCAGUUUUGCUAAAUCACAGGCUGAUUACUUUCUGGGUAAAAAUCCGAAAUCUAUGAGCUACGUUGUUGGUUAUGGUCAAAACUACCCCAUCCACGUUCACCACAGGGGUUCUUCCAUUGCCUCCGUUUUUGCCCUUCAAUCUGUUGUUGGAUGUGUACAAGGAUUCGAAAGCUGGUACAGACGUCCUGAGCCAAAUCCAAAUGUCAUAUAUGGAGCCCUUGUUGGAGGUCCAAAUAACAACGAUGCGUUCUUUGAUGAUCGGUCUAACUAUGAGCAAACAGAACCAACAAUAUCUGGUGUAGCUCCUCUCAUUGGACUCUUCUCCAGAUUGCAAUCUCUUUCUGGAAAUUCGGAGAUAUCAUAUACCUGUGUCUUUCCUAUGGAUAAAUACAAAUAAUCUUCUUCUCUAAGUUACUACAAAGUCACCACACAAAAUCUUCUUCAUGCAGAUGUUCCUGUUCAUUUCUUCCACUCAAUAACUAAGUCAUGGACAAUUGGAAAAAUGACAUAUUAUCGCCACAAGGUGAUAAUCAAGAAUACAUCACAGAAGCCCAUUACCGAUCUGAAGCUGAAAUUUGAAAAUCUUACCGGAUCAUUAUGGGGCCUCAACCCAACACAAGAGAAGGACAUAUAUGAGCUUCCACAAUGGUUGAAAGUAUUGAAACCUGGUUCAGAUUGCACCGUUGUAUAUGUUCAAGGAGGGGCACAAGCCAAGGUUUCAGUUCAAAGCUAUCAUUAA